AUGGACAGCGGCUUAGUGGUUUCCCCAAUUUAUCAGAAUUUUCCUACAAAGAGAAGACCGCCGCCACCUCCUAGACCAGCUGCCAGUUCAAACCCCGAACCUCCGCCGCUACCUCCCAGAAUGAAUAGAGACAAGAAGCCAUCACCCGGUGGGACUAGGGCAGCACUAGACCCAGAACCAACCCAGUAUCACGGCUCAGGUAAAGAGAAACACCGCAUAGAAGUGAUUCCUUUGGGGAAACCACAGGACCAGGAGGUUCGAGUAGACACCUCAAAAAUGAACUUUAAAGACUUGAUGAAACAGUGGAAGAGCAACUCUCCUGGAGAGAACAGCUCCCCUUCAGAUCAGCACCAGUCUACAGACAGAUCGAUGAGUUCUGCACCAGCAACAUUUGAACGUAUUAAAACUACUACUACCGGUGCUACUUCUUUUUACAGACACGAUUCAGGUUAUAAUCUUGACGCCACAUCACCUGUAUUUUCACCUGUAUCCUCAUUAUCAACUCCUGAUUCUUCAGCCUCAAAAUCAGCAUGUUACACCUCGCUGUAUUCACCUUCUGGAGCUAACUCAGAGACAUCGCCAUCGCAACAACAUUUAUUAGGAUUUCAGCCGUCUUCAUUAAAUAACGCAAACUACACGGUAUACCCAGGACGACAAACCACAAACUCCUCAUUCACAGACGAGUCUUAUAUUGGUCACAAGAACAAAUCAAGCCGAACUGUUGGCACAUAUAAGAGAUCUGUUUCUGCAGUAGGCGUACAGUCGACUGGCAGCAUUCAAGCUUCAGCGCCCUCAGAUGUUUCUGACAGCACACCUUUCAGUGACUUUAGUCUUGGGCAACAGUCAUGGAACAGUGAAUCUGUCCUGUCUAACACAGGUAGUAGAGUAAAGACACUUCCGGAGAUGGGAUCUCAAAUCGGGAAACCCCAUAAAGACGGAGUGCACGGCAGUCAAGGACAUAUCAGUGGGGUUUCUUCUAGUGUAACUCCUGUUCGACCACCACGACCUAAUGCUCGUGGAAGGCAGAAUGCAAAGCAGUCGUCAGCAACUUCGGCAGCGUCUUCAUCUUCCUCAAAUAUGUCUCAGAAAACUACUUUAACUUCAGAACAUUUGUCUGCCCCGGAUAAUGUGGCAGCAUCAGUGUUUUUCAACGUGGAGCAAGACGGUGUGGGCCAAAAGGAGGGUCUUCAAAGAUCUGCUGUGCCUACUUCAUUGCCUCCUCAGUACGAUCUUAACUAUCAAGAUCAUUGGUCAGUUCAGCAUGAGUCAAAUUCUUUGGUUACCUCUACUCCAUCCGGUCAAGUUCUUGAUAGAAGCCCGGUAAAUAGUUGUCAUCAUUCUCAUUACUCUCUUCAACACAGACAAAUGGCUUUAAACAACAGCUUAAACAGCAGUCUUUCCAGAGCAACGCUGGAUGAUAACGGUCAUCCGCAGUCCAUAUUUAUUCAGGACUCAACAGUUAAACCUUCAUCACCCUGUUCUCCCAGUGAACAAUUCUCUGUCAACAGCCCAGCAAAAGAUCACCAAAGAAAAGUUCACGGUACGACCGGAUUGGUAACAUCACCCUGUUUAGAAAACAUACCGAGAAGUCCGCUGGAAAACCCAGCUUCUUCUUCGCAUUAUCAGCCUCAUAACACAAUCGGCAGUCCACAAGAAUCCACACACAGAUGCUCUAGCACACCCUCAUUAAGCCACCUGAGACAGCCAUCGCAGGAGGAGGUAGAGUGCGAGGAGAAAGCCAUGGAAUUAGCUGAAGAACUUGACAACAACGAUCAGAAGUUGCUGGAAGUUCUCAUGCAAGAUCGCCAGAAAAAACGGAUGUUGUACAUGGAUGGGCUGUUCUCUGAUCUGACUGUUGAUCGGGAAAAGUCCGGAUUUAAGCAGAAGUCCAGGUCUUCAAUGAAAAACCGGACACUUGACCGGGUGGUCGGGGAGUCUUGUGAGGCCUCUGGUGGUUUUAAGAGCCACUCCCUACCCAGAGACUACCAACAGACAACUGCCUCCACUGCUGCACUUACAACAGAACUGCUAGAUGGUGUCUCCAGUAGGAGCUCUGAUGGGUCCUCGCCAGGCGCCCAUGAGAACUUGACAGUCUUGAAGCACAAGGAAGAGCUGGUGGAAAAGCUGCAGAAAAAGAUCCAGGUUCUGAAGGAGGAGAAGCUGUCACUGCAGCAGGAAGUAGCUGACAAUAUCUUGUUAGGCCAGCAGGUGAGCCAGGUGGCUGACUCCAGGUGCCAGACUCAGAAUGAGAAAGAGAAGUUCAUGACGUUCAUAGAGGACCUGGAGAAGAUUGUGCGCUUGCUGCUGAACUUGUCUGGCCAGCUGGCCAGGGCAGAGAAUGCUGUACAGGCUCUGGGUCCUGAUACAGAUGCAAAACUCAAGAAACUGACCUGGGACAAGAGAGAUAGGCUGCAUGCCAAGCUCGAGGAGGCUAAAAUGCUGAAAGAAGCCUUUGACCGACGUAGUGAACAGUUGUUGAGCAUGCUGCAAGAAAGACUGAGCACCCAGGAGCUGUCGGACUACAAACACUUCAUCAGCAUGAAAUCCAGACUGACCAUCCAGAUGCAGGAUGUGGAGGAUCACCUGGCUCUAGCGGAGCAGCAGAUCCUUGCUCUCAAGAGAAGUUUGCCAUCUCUUGCUGUGUCGCUUCCUGGGACUAAUAGAGAAGCAUAG